AUGCAGGUGAUAACGUGCGCCUUGUUUACGCUCGUCAGCCUGCCGCUCAGCGCCGCGGCGGAGGCUGACUCCUGCCCCGCUGUCUGCCAGUGCCUGGAGUGGGAGACUCGCACCAUCUCCUGCCUCGACAUUGAUAUUCUCCCCAGGUUUCCAGCCAGCACGGAGACACUAUGGCUUUUUGAGACGCGGCUGUCGUCCGUGCCAACAGACGCCUUUGCCAACAUGGUCAACAUUUCGAGGAUAUAUAUAUCUGUGGACGUGACGCUGCAGAGGCUGGAGAGGCACUCGUUCCACGGCCUGAGGAAAAUCACCCACAUAGAAAUACGCAACGCAAAAAGUCUGACAUAUGUCGACCCAGAGGCCUUUAAAAAUCUCCCAAACCUCAAAUACCUAGGGAUUUUUAAUACCGGCCUCUCCUCCUUCCCCGACUUGAACAACAUCCACUCUAAUGACAUGAACUUCAUGCUGGAAAUUGUCGAUCAUCCCUACAUCACUGAGAUACCGGCCAACUCGCUCCAGGGCAUCACCAACAACGUGCUGACAGCGAUGCUGUACGGAAACGGCUUCAGAGAAAUCCAACAUCACGCCUUCAACGGGACCAAGCUCGAUCAAGUAGACCUGCACAGGAAUAGAUAUCUCACCAAGAUGGAUGAAAGAGCGUUCGCAGGCUCCGUCAGCGGCCCCCAAUGCUUCUACGUGUCUGAAACGGGGAUCACGUCCCUGCCGACCUCGGGGAUGGAUUCUCUGCGGGAGCUGAAGGCGCGGGACGCCUGGGCUCUCAAGAAGCUGCCGCCCAUCAAAACCUUCAAGCACCUCACCAUCGCCAACCUGACCUACCCCAGUCACUGCUGCGGCUUCAAGAACCUCAAGAAGAAACGAGUUUUUUGGGAGUACAUCAUCUGUAACCUGACUGCUUUCUACGACCAGCAUCACAAGCGCUCCGUGGGGCCCCUCGGCAUGCCCUCCCUCCAAGGCGACAGUGUGAUGGAAACGGUCCCAGACCAGGAGCCAAACGAUGGGAGCCACAGAGAGUCCCGGCAGGACUGGAGGAGAGGCGACUACCACGGCAGCCUCCACUACCACGCCUACUUCGGGGGCCAGCCAGACGAGGAUGUGGGUUUUGGCGAGACCCUCAAGAACCCCCAGGAGGACACCAGCCAAGACUUUGAGAGUCGGUACGAUUAUGUGGUGUGCGAGGAGGGGGAGGAGGUGGCGUGUGCACCAGUGCCCGAUGAGUUCAAUCCCUGUGAGGACAUAAUGGGUUUUGGCUUCCUGCGAGUGUCUGUGUGGUUUGUGAGUCUGUUGGCUGUUUUAGGAAACGUGGUGGUGCUCCUGGUGCUGCUCACCAGCCACUACAAGCUGUCCGUCUCCCGCUUCCUCAUGUGUCACCUGGCGUUUGCGGACCUGUGCAUGGGGAUUUACCUGCUGCUCAUCGCCUCUGUGGACCUCCACACACGAGCCGAGUACUACAACCACGCCAUAGACUGGCAGACGGGCCCCGGCUGUGGGCUCGCAGGGUUUUUUACGGUCUUUGCCAGCGAGCUGUCCGUCUACACUUUGACGGUGAUCACUCUGGAGAGGUGGUACGCCAUAACUUUUGCGAUGCGCCUGGAUCGUAAGCUGCGUCUGCACCACGCGGCCGCCGUGAUGCUCGGCGGAUGGAUCUUCUGCCUCCUGCUGGCCCUACUCCCUCUGGUCGGGGUGAGCAGCUACCAGAAGGUCAGCAUCUGUCUCCCGAUGGACACCCAGUCCACUGUGGCUCAGGUCUACAUCUUGUCAGUUCUGGUCCUAAACAUCUUGGCGUUUCUUGUUAUCUGUGCUUGCUACUUCAAGAUCUACUGCGCCGUGCACAACCCUCACUACCGCUCCGGAUCCAAGGACACCAACAUCGCCAAGCGCAUGGCGGUCCUCAUCUUUACCGACUUCUUGUGUAUGGCGCCGAUCUCUUUUUACGCCAUGUCAGCCGUGCUGGACCGGCCGCUCAUCACCGUCUCAAACUCCAAGAUUUUACUGGUGCUCUUCUACCCAUUAAACUCCUGCGCCAACCCGUUCCUCUACGCCAUCUUCACCAAAGCGUUCAGGGGGGACGUUUUCAUCCUCCUCAGUAAGGUGGGCCUUUGUCAGCAGCGAGCACAGCUGUUCAGAGGCCAGACCGUCUCGUCAAAAGGCAGCAGCGGGACGUCUCAGGUCCGCAGGGACAAGGAUAAAGUUAGAAAAGGUGGAAGCGGAGGACAUGAGGACGUACCCAUCCACCUGAAGAAGUGCUCCGGACAUACCUACCACCAAGCCGUCUGCCAGCAGACGAGCCCUGAAGAGAGCCAGAGCCUGAACACGUGA